AUGUCUUCGUCAUUGGAGACCAUUUUCCUUCCUCACCUCCCGUCCUCGAUGCCGGUGCAUGUAGCUCUAUACAGAGAUCUGAAAAAUGCCCCUUUCCUUCGGCAGCAGCUUCUGUCGGGGAACUCGGACUUUGAAUAUGCCCUUAUUGAUGCGAGCAUGGUUCUAUCAAGAGCGCACGCCCUCUCAGCAGUCUUCAGAGCCGUAAACGAUUAUCUAAAUGAACGUCUCAAAUCACGCAAUAUCCAUUCAGAGAUUGUGUUUUCCCUCAGCUCCACAAACAAUAUCGCAGAUUCCUUUCGAAAGUUUGGCAUCACAGAUUCAACAAAAGACUUGCUCGUGAUCAGGGUCUCUGUGGAUCCGAGCAUCACUCAUGAUACAGUAGCAGCGCAUCUGUCACAGUCGAUCGAGGGUUCUUCUAUACCAUUUACUGACGAAUCGCUCUCUGAAAUUUCCGACGUCGCAAAGAUAAAGAAAGCUUAUAAGCUGGGAGUAUUGGCCUCUACUCCAACAAAUCAAGUCAACGGUGUCCUUGAUAAUCAGGCGAAACAACUUGAACUUUCCGUGUUGGGUGCAAUUGCACUGCGCGGAGCAACUUGA